UCCAUAAGUGCCAGGGCCACAGAGACCGGACUCUCCCAUGGCCGAUUAGGUUAGGGUUUCGACGGUUGCCGCCGCCGCAUCCCGUAAAGGGGUCGGCGUGCUCGGGCACGAGCGGAGGGCGCUGUGGGUGUGCAUCCCGAAAAGGUGGCGGCGGGCACGGGCUCGAGCGGAGAGAUGCCGCACGAGCAUGAGCACCCUGCAGCAGAGGACAUCCCCGAAUCUGAUCCCGACGAGUGUGUAGGAGUACAUGUCAAGAAAGCAGAGUUGCACAUACGAGAUAUACAUGAAGCGAAACUUUUGAUCCAAGAGCUGAAUCGAUCGGGCGUGGGAGAGGACAUCAGCGAUGAGGAGUUCCUUGCUUACUUUGACCAGCUGGCUCCCGGGCCUCCGUGGAUUGAUCUUAGAGCCGGGCUGACAGAAGAGGAUCUCGGUCAGCAAUACGUCGACCAUGCACUGUGCCGCUUCAGAUAUUACAAAUACAAGUUGUCACAGCCCAAGGAAGAGCCGCAUGGUGAUAACCUUCUGGAGGAGGAAGAGGACGAUAAGGAAGAAAGGGAAUAUUUAGCUACAUUGACAGAGAAGCAACUUCUAUUCCUUGAGGAAGAUGACGCUACAUCGGAAGAGGAUGAUAACCUUAUGGAUAAAACUGAGGAUGAUUGUAGUAUGGAGUUUCUUGAGGAGAAGGGAUUUUUCAUUAGCUUUGAAGAAGACGGAACACUCGAUUGGUUUUUCUACUCUGCUUACUGCGAAUGUGCUUCCCUGAGUGACUAUCAACGCCUAGUCCUAAAAAAUUAUGGUGGUACCGAGUACAGCAUGUGGAGUGACUACCAUAGCUACCGUCAUAGCUAUGAUAUUGAACGAGAGUAUCUCAAGUACUGCCAGGAAUUAUCCAAGCAACUGAAGUGGAUGGAAGAUUAUGUCGAUAUUUGCCGCUCAUCCGUCAAAUGGGGUAAAAUAUCUUCCCGAGGAGCAUUUCAAGCAAUUAAGAUUGCUGCUACUAGCUUUCCCAAGAUCACUCCUACUUUAGCUUACAAUGGCUUUGAUGAGUAUAAAGAGCGCAUUUGCUAUUAUCAUACUUGGUUUAAGGAGUAUGAUCGUUUGUACUUUGAGAUUUGGCGGCGUGUCACAAAGGGAACGAGUUUCAGAAAGGCUAUGGAGGAUGUUUGCAAGAUGAACAAGUUUCCAGUACGACAAGGUUUAAUGCAAACUGCCCUGGACCAUGAGUACACCAUGACGUUGAUGGAAGAGGACUUCCAUACCUGCACGGCAGCCAUUCGCCCUGGAGUUAAAGAGGAUAAAGCUAAGGAGUUGAUCGCAGACGGAGUUAAAAAGCUGGUUAAUAUGCCCAAGUCCUAUGAGGAUUAUAUCAGAAAAAAGACAGAGAUCGCAUGCAUUAUUGGAAUUCUUCCUUCCGAGAAGACUGAGGCAACAGUAUAAUUAAGAUUCUGAAGAAUGAAAUAAUUGGCAAACAAGCGUUGUUUAUAAGAUUAUGAAACUGAACCACCCAUUGUCAUGUUGUACUGUGCUUCCCACAUGUAGUUGUGUGUGUAGAAAUGGCAGUGACCUGUAAGAUACUGUAAUAGAUCAUUUAUGCAGUCUGAGCAAUUUUAGCAGUACUACUUGACAUAUA